GGACUGACCUCAGAGGGUCAGUUUGAUACUCGCACACAGUUUAGUUGUCUACUGCGAUACCAUAUAUCUGGAUUCAUACCAGAAUCACUUGCUCAGCUCCGUUCUGUGCACCGAGUCAGUCCACUGGUGAAGGUUGUGGACCAAAUCUCAUGCGGAGCGUCAACAGCUGACCAGCUCCUCCCUCUCCUCCUUCACGACGCCUUAACAGGAAACAGUAGAGCCGUCCUCAUUUACUGCAUUAACCUGCAGGGCCUUUUGGAUUAUGAGACCCCCUCUGCCUUAGCUUUGGCCCAGAAGGUGAGGGGCUUAGUGAAUAAAGCCACUGUUGGUCGUUGGAGUCCAAGAGCGGCCGAACGGGAGAUCCGGGAGGAAAUCAUGACACUGCAAAUCACAAUGAUGAUGUCACAGGGUGGAAGUGAAGUUCAGAACACUCACAGGCUGGCAGAGCUGACUCGAAACCUACAGAUUGUGAAGAAUCAGUCCUGGGAGAGAAGGAGGGACGAGUCGAAGAAAAUAAAAAGCAAAACACAGGAGCGUCGUCAGACCCCGAACAGCAACUGGCACAGCAGUGAUCACAGAGAGGAAACUGACACAAAGAAGUAUUUACAAGACCAACUGAAACUUGAGAUGGAAGAACAUAUCAGAGAGGGUAAAGGGAAUGUGAAGAAAGUCCAGGAGAGAGUGGCUCGAAUCCAGGAGCUGAAGGAGGCUCUCAGAGAGGAGACACUGAAGAACGGGGCCGUUACAGAGAAAUCGGACCUCUGUCAACAAUCUCAAUUGGAAGACAAUAAAGCAAAGGAGCGGAGGAGGCAACUUAAAGAGGAUCAUGGGAGAUUAAUCCAGGAGGAGGUGGAGAAGAUGGAGAGAGACUUGGCGCAGGAGCAGCAACCGACGGAGGGCCUCCAGAGAGAGCUGCUGGUGCUGAGCAGAGAGAGGCAGGUCCUGGUGCUGCAGAUGGAGGCCCUACGCACUGAGGCCCUGCAGACCGAGAGAGAUCUGCAGGAUCAGUAUCACAGACAGCAGAAGGAGCUGUGCUGUCUGAGGGAGGAGAGUCUGCAGGUGUUCAGGGCGUUUCGUCAGGUGAGCGAGGAGCACAGGAAGACGUCAGAGGGCAGAUACAGAUGUGUGCUGCUGGAGGCUGUGCAGGAUGCCGUCUACCUCUCUGCACAGAACCAGCAGCUGCAGGCCGACAACAGACAACUCCACAGAGCACUGGGAGAGUUAAAGGAUGCUCUGGCUGUGAGAGUUGAUCCAAAGGCUGAACCCUUAUCACGACAACAAUGAAUGAUAAUCAAAGAGCAUGCUUACGGCACAUCAUGGAACAUAAACCUGUUUCAGAAACAUUUAUUAUACACCGUGUAACACGUCAUCUUUGAUGUUAGUCUUGGAAGAGAAUGCAACACAAACCAGAAAAAACAUGACAAUAGCAGCACUCUUCAGAAACGUUUUACUGAAGAGAACAUGAUCUUUACUUGCAUUGAGUUCAACAGAAUUAUAAAUUAAACUCUAAAAUAUGAUG